AUGCCGUCCAAACACCUCCUCUUCCACAACGGCCUCAUCUUUACCGCCCCCGCAGCCGAGCUCUCGGCCGCGUCGCUGCAACCCGCGCUCCACCGCUACAGCGACGCAUCGGCCGCCGCCUCGUCGUCGUCGUCGCUUCCCGGCCGCUUUGCAGAGGCGCUCCUCGUCAGGGACGAAGCCAUCCUCGCCGUCGGCACCCUCGACGAAUGCCGGGCCGCCGCCGCAGGAAACGACAUCCGACACACUGACCUCCAGGGCAAGCUCCUCCUCCCUUCCUUCAUCGACGGACACACCCACGUCACCCUCUUUGGUCAGUCGAUGCAGAAGCUCGACCUGGCUCCCUGCACCGACCUCGCCUCGAUCCAGGCAAAGCUGCUGGCCUACCGCAACGCAAACCCCAACCUCGACCGCAUCCUCGCAAAGGGCUGGCUCCAAAAGACGACCCACAACGUCGCCCUCUCGUCGAUGAUCGACGACGUCGUCUCCGACAUCCCCGUCUACAUCGAGUCAAAGGACCUCCACUCGCACUGGCUCAACCAGAGCGCCCUCGCCGAGCUCGGCAUCCGCCACGACACGCCCAACCCGCCCGGCGGCACCAUCCAGCGCGACCCCACCACGCGCGCCGCAAACGGACUCAUGAGCGAGCUGGCCAACAUCAACAUCGUCUGGCCCGCCCUCGCCUCGCUCCGCAGCGACGCAGAGACCGAGUCCGACUUCCAGCUCGCCGUCGACGCCUACCUCGCCUCGGGCUACACGGGCGUCGUCGAAAUGGCCCUCGACGAGUCGGCCCUCGCCUGCUUCCUGCGCGUCCGCGACCGGGCCGGCGGCCGCCUCCCGCUCCGCAUCGCCGCCCACUACAUUAUCCGCCCGGGCCCCCCCGAGGCCGUCAUGAAGCAGGUCGAACGCGCCAUCGAGCUCUUCCACCUCCACGGCGGCAAAGAGGCCGGAAGGGACGUAGGCGACCUCCGCGUCGUCGGCAUCAAGAUCAUGUGCGACGGCGUCAUUGACGCGUGCACCGCCGCCCUCAAGGAGCCCUACGCCGACGGCAGCCGGGCGGGUCCCAUCUGGACCUACGAGAUGCUGCACCCCGUGCUGCACCGCGCCGACUCCGAGGGCCUCCAGCUCGCCCUGCACGCCAUCGGCGACGAGGCGGUGCACAUUGCCGUCGAGGCCAUCGCGUCGCUGCCCAACGAGGCGUCGAACCCGAUCGCAUCGAGGCGACACCGCAUCGAGCACCUCGAGCUCACCGACCCGGUCGACAUUGAGAAGCUCGGCCGGCUGGGCAUCACCGCCAGCGUGCAGCCGGUGCACUCGGACCCGGCCAUCCUGUCUGGGUGGUACGCCCAGCUCUCGUCGCGGCCGCACGAGCACGACGAGCGGUGUUCGCGCGCCUUUGCCUACCGCCACUUUAUCGAGUGCGGCGCGCCCCUGGCCAUCGGCAGCGACACGCCCACCGCCUCGCACCUCAUCUUCCCCAACCUCUACAACGCCGUCACGCGCCGGUCUACGCGCCCCCUCGAGCGCGGGCAGGGUCUGCGCACGACGCCCGAACAGGCCAUCCCGCUCGCCACGGCCCUCGCUGCCGCUACGUAUGGCGCUGCGAGGAGCUGCAAGGCCGAAGACGCCACGGGCAGCCUUGAACGCGGCAAGAGCGCCGAUUUCGUCGUCGUCGAUAGCGACCUCUUUGCGUCGUACGGCGACGAUGGCGGAGAGGGGCUCAUGAAGGCCAAGAUCCUGCAGACUUGGUUCCGUGGCCGCGUCGUGUUUGAGCUGCCCAACUGA